UUUUUUUUUUGUACUUUCCUUCUUUUUUUUUUUUUUGAACUGAUGGUUAGACAUUUACCCUAUAGGGCUCAGUCUUCAUAACUUUACAACAUAAAUAGGCUCUUUUGUGUAUGCAAUUCAAAAAAGGAAAUCAGAAGGCAGAAACGAUGGUCUAUUUCAAUAAACACUCGCGCCUGCAGUGGGCUGCCAAUACACUUCUGGUGCUAUUAUGCUAAUAGACUGUUCGCCAAAUUUAUUCAAGAAAAAAAGGUAGUUUCUAUUGGAGGAGGAUCCAGGUCAUGAUUUAUGAUCGUAUAAUAAGCUUGAUGCUCGAAGAAGCAUUGGAGACUGUAGUUGUGCUUUUUCUUAAUCACCCUAAUCCAAUGUUCUCAGAGUACACACAAGUUAUUGUGCGAUACAAUACUGCUUUUUCAAAGUACGACAAUUUCAUUUUUGGACAGUUUUAAAGUGUUCCAUUUUUAGCAAAGUGGCACUUUAUCUUUGUUAUGCUUUCGAUAAAAGACAGAGAGAGAAAAAGAAUAAAAGGUUCAAAGAAGAACAAUAAGAUUUGGAUUUAAGACUAUAGAGUUGAGCCUUUUUUUAAAACCGAGAAAAGAUAGGGCUGUGUGUGCCAGCAAACACAAUAACCAAUCGAAUUAAGCCUAGUUUUUAAACAAACUUUUUCCUAGUUUUUUUUUUCUUUUUUUUCUCUUUCUUCUUCAUCUAAACACAAGAUGGGUUCUC